AAUUCUCCAAGCAAACCUCGGCAAAGCUUCGUUCGGGCACUGGCAGCUGCCGUUGGCACUAAAUGGAGUGCCGCUAAUCGUGAUUUUACCAUGCAAUACCGCACUGAUUUGUUCCCGAUUCAGUUUGAAUGAUCCUUGCUGCAAUUUGAUCUACCUCCGCAUGAAAUGUCAAUUAAUUAUGUAGUUUAUUUUGGUUUCUUUUACGGCUUUUUUGGGGGCAAUUUUUAGGUUUCGGAGUGCAGAGUUCUGAGAGAGUUUGUUGCGACUGAGAGGGCUGAUUCUAGGGCCCUGAUACAUCACCUCCGAGAGAGGGCGAUGGGGAGAGAGGUGGAGGAGGGCGGAGGAAGGCCUGAGGCGGAGCGGUACGAUCCUGCUGCCCCUCGAGAGCAAUUCCGACGAUACCGAAGGCGAAGGUCCAAGGAUCCUCCAGCGAUUGUUGGCGGUUCCCCGUCUCUGGCAGGUGCUAGUGAGGGUUUAGGUACUCCCUCCCUUUCGCUUCGCGACAUGCGGGACUCAUUUGUGGCUAUGUCGCCACCUUCGGUUUCCCGACAGUCGUGGAUGCAUUCGUCUUUUCCGGGUGAGUAUCGGACUCCCGUAGCGUCUGGUGCACGAGGUUUGCGAGAUCCUCGAGCUGAGUUGUUGAGUAGUCCCAUGAGUUUUGAUGAUGACGAGGAGCAGCCACAUUGGAUGGGGGGAUAUGGAGACGAAGGAGAAGACGAGGAUGAGAGAAUGGAGCUCAAGCCUCCGGUGUUGAGCAAAACCCCGGUGGUUUUACGAAAAGUGAAGCCGGAGCCAGGUCUCGGAGAGGAGAUGCCGGAUAGCGCAGAACAGAGUUAUGGGAGAUUUGCAUUAAUGACAAAUGCAGCAUUGCAAGAUGAGAUUUCCUUGCCAGAUUUUUUGGAGCAAUGCGAAGUUUUAUGCCAUGACCUAGCGCAAGUGGUGAGGGAGGAGGCAUCAGAAGGCCAUCGGGUGACUGAAGAGAGGUUAAUGAGGCAAACUGCCCAAAUGCUUCACGCAGAGUCUGGAACGUGGUCUCUUCUGUGGUAUUUGUUUGGGAAGGAAGCCCAGGAGAUGUACUCGGACGACCCUUUGGUGUAUCCGGCCACUUCAACUCAAGAGGCUGUGCAAUUCAUCAUGUCAGAACCGUUCGUGCAGCAGUGUAUGCGCAUUGUGCAGUGGUUGGAAAGUAUGGCUUCGAAGGAUCUUGAUUAUCAGAAGAAACAUAAGGGUUGGUAUGCAGGAUCCUACAUGCAGAAAUUAGGCGUAUGGCAUCAGACGCAGCGAGAGAUACGGAAACGUGCCGGACAGGCCACUUUGGUUCGAAAUGUGGAUCCUGAUGCCCCUACACGAGAACAUGCACGCCUCCAUCCAGAGGAUCAAAAAUUGGAAGAGGACUUGAUGGAGGAUGUGUGGAAACUCCUACGGGCAGGAAGACUGGGAGAAGCCAGGGAGUUAUGUCGCAGUGCGGGCCAGCCAUGGAGAGCAGCUAGUCUUGGUGGCUGUGGGGAGCUGGGAUCGUCCCCCUCUGUAGAGGCCUUUUGUAACGCUGGCAAGGACAGAGCGUUGCAAGCUCUUGAGCUAGAAAGUGGGAUUGGGCAUCAACGGCGGCUAUGGAAAUGGGCUUGUUACAUUGCGUCAGAAAAAAUAGGGGAUAGGGGCGAUGAAGCGAAGCAUGAAGCUGCUGUCUAUGCGUCACAAUGUGGUAAUGUGAGGCGAAUGCUACCUGUUUGUAUGGACUGGGAAUCGGCGUGCUGGGCAAUGGCACGGUCGUGGCUGGAUACGCAAGUGGACGCCGAGCUUUCACAGCGGCAUCCUCCUAAAGUUCCGAAACGGAGAACAACUGGUGCUGUUGUUAGAACUUCAGCUAAGUCAGGGGGAAGCGAUGCAAGCAUGGAGGUUUCGGAAGAACCUCACAGCUGGCCGCAACCUGUCGUAGAUCAACAACCUCGUGACUUUGUAGGAAUGUUCGAUAAGCUGCGCAAUGCAGAUCUUGUGCAUGCAAAAGUGAAACAUAGUUGUAACGAGCAGCAGCGGCUGGUACAAAUGGACCUUAUUAUGGGGAAUUUCUCUCAUCUUCUUGAUUUGCUCAAAGAUUGGACCAUUCCAAAGGACACUACGAUUAAGUUUCAUGGUCAUCCACAGAUAGUCCGUUUUGGAUCUCACUUGGUCCUCGUUCUCCGCCGUAUUCUGGCAGAUACAUCAGACGAAGUCGUUGCCGAAAAGCUAAGGAUUGUUGGAGACCUCAUACUUAAUGGUUAUGUGAUUUUUCUUUUUACCGAACAUCAAGAAGAUCUUGUGGGGGUUUAUGCAUCACAACUGGCUCCUCAUUUAUGUGUGGAUCUCUACGUGAAUUUUAUGGACCUCCGACUAAACGAUCCUGUGCCUGUCAAAUAUAAGUUGUUCCGCUCUGCUAUUGAGUUUCUGCCCUUUUUCCCGGACAUUGACGAAACCAAGGGCUGUGUGCUAAACAUACUCGAGAAGGUACUAAGCAAAUCUAGGGAGAUUAAGCCUGGGUUACAGGCAGGCGUGAAAAGCGAGGAGUUAGAGCGAGGUGGUAUAGGGGAGCUGCGACAGCUCCAAAGUGUACAGAAGGCACAAGCUUUGCAGUGGCUGUGUUUUACCCCUCCUGAAACUGUACCAGGUGUUGAGCGUAUACGUGCAGAGUUACUGGCUCGGGCUCUUGAGCAUAGUAAUCUUUUGUUUCGUGAAUUUGCCUUGUUAUCUUUAUGGCGUACAACAGUGGUACCUGCGGGGCCACACAGACUCUUGAGUCUUUUAGCAGAACCCUUGAAGCAGGUGCCAGAGAUUCUUGCUUCCCUUGAACAUCCCGAUCGUAUGGAGGAGAAUUUGCAAGAGUUUGAAUGUUGGAGAUUCUACUAUGAGUGUGACGGUCUAUACAGAAGCUGGUUCAACAUUGAACAAACGAACGCUGAAGUGCCUCCAGAACAUCUCUCGGUUGAGGAGAAGGAGAGAGCCAUUUCAGCUGCGCGGGUAGCUCUUGAGCAAGCAUUUGCCUUGCUGACAUGUGACAAUGGCAUGUGGCUUGCGGGUGUGGAUACGACAGUGGGUGCUGACACCGAGGUUGCCUGGCUGGAGCUUCAGGCGACAGCUGUGCUGAUGUCUGCCUCAGGAGUAUAUUUACCUCCUGAACCCACCGUGUGCACCACGCUGAGCAGUGCAUUGCACCAUUGUGGUGGAGAGGCGGGGUUGAUGAGGCAGCUGACUGUAGAAGUAGAUGUGAAUAGGAGGGAUAUAAAUUGUGUGGAUGUUCGGCUGCGGUGUCUGCCAGUGUCUGGAGAUGGGCUGGGUUUGGCAACUGGUCAUGACGGGGGUCUCCUUGGUUCCAUUUUAGCUUUGGCAGCCAAGGGAGAGAUGCCGCAUUUUCAGUCUGGCCUUGCAUUGGAAGUUGUCUCUAUGGACGCAUGGCGUUGGGACGAAAAUUUGGUACUUCGAACACCUGCAACGUACAUUCUGCAAGGCCUGGCCCGGCGUUGUUGUUUGCCAGAGCUCAUCCUGCGGUGCAUGGAGCUGAAGGUCUUCCUUGCUGCCUCCCGUGGAGCAGAAGAUGUGGAUGAUGAAUCUACUGAUCUGAUUGGGUUGGUUGCUUCGAAAGAAACAGCUUUGCACCGUCUAUUCAGUCAAAGGCAGCUGCAAAUAUUCCUUCUGUUGGAAAGAAAUAUGACCAUUUGCAGGAUGGAGUCCUGCAGGGAUCAUGCUCCUCAUUUCUAGCGGAUCUUUUGGUGUGGUACGGGUCAAACUUGUGUCAUGGCGAAUCUAUGUACAAUCUUAGUGUCAAUUGCAAUUCACCGAUUCCGAGAUUUAAGAGUUUACUUCAAUGGCCUUGGUCUUAUUAAUUUGCAUUCUUUUAAAUCCUCUCAUCUAGUUUUGUCAUUCUUUAUCAUUCCAGGUCUGUAGCUCGAGUCUAGACUCUUCUUCGCAGCCCGAUUUUGUAGAUUUCACUGCUCGUUUCAGACGUUUUGUUCCGUACGAUUCUAGGUGCAAUCGGACCAACUGCCCAGGUGUUGCGGCAUCCGACUUCUUCUUGUAUGAUGCUUGAGAAUCAAUGGAUUUAUUGGUGUUCAUUAAA